AUGGAAAGUCUCAGUGUAGAUAAGGACAUACGCAAGUUGAUUUUAGACAACGAAGUUUUCUGGGUGCGUGUAAGUAGCUCACUGGCCAUUCUAGAGCCUAUUGCCUCUGCUAUCCAGGAAAUAGAAAAAGAUGAUGCAGUGCUCUCAGAUGUACCACGUCUCUUUGCUGGAUUGAAGCAGAAAAUAACUGUAGCUCUUCCUUCAUCACCUUUACUCCAGUCAGAAGAGGCAUCUGUGACAACAUAUAUUGAGAACCGAAUGCAGUUUUGCAUAAAGCCAAUACAUGCAGCAGCAAACAUCCUUGAUCCUGUGCGCCAAGGACAAGACAUUGAUGAAGAACAAGUUGGCAGUGCAUAUUCUGUCAUAUCAGCUAUGGCCAUUCAUAUGAAUCUUGAUGUUGGUGAAGUGAUGGGAAGUCUGGCAAAAUUUCGUGCCAAAGAUGGUAUUUGGAAAUCAGAUGGUGUCUGGAAGUCAGCUGAUCAUGUUUCAAAAGCAACUUGGUGGAAAGGGCUCUGCAGCUCAGAACCAGUGUCAUCAAUAGCAAGUAUUCUCUCACAGAUACCGCCAACAUCCGCUUCGUCAGAAAGAAACUGGUCUAUGUAUGGAAAUACACACACAAAGCUGCGAAACAGGCUUACCAAUGAUCGAGUUGAAAAGUUGGUGGCCAUUCGUUCUAAUCUCAAACUGUUUGAAGAUGACAUAGGCGAGGAUAAUUUAACCAUCUGCACCAGUGAAAUGGAUUCAGACAGUGAAGUGAUGGAAGAUUCAGUGUUAUCUGAUUCAGAGGAAGCAUAA